AUGCAGUUGUUUGGAAUUGGAGAGAUUUUCUGUCGAUUAGUCGCCGUUUCACGGAAUUCUCAUUUUUUCGGCGACUUCCGGAUCGAUUUUCCGAUCAGCGUGAUGUGGCACACACUUGCAGAAGAGCAGAACCAGCAAUUUAAUCGUAUGUGCCAAUACUUGGUUGAAAAUCAACCCAAGAAAAUGCAGAUGGAUAACGAAGCUAAUGACCUGCACCCAAAGCAAGAGCGUUUGAGGACGAGAUGGACUGCAGCCCUUGAUAAGAUUUUUGCAGACAUAGUGGUGGAGCAGAUUCAGAUAGGGAACAGGACGAACAAUGUUUUUGACAAGAAAACAUGGAACCAGAUCCGUGAAGAAUUUAACAGACAGACCAAUCUCAAUUUCAAUAACAAUCAGUUGAGGAAACAUCUGGAUGUUCUUAGGACACGUUAUCACAAUCUGCAAUCUGCUGUUAACCAAAAUGAUGCAAUGCAGGAUCCUGGCUAUGUGGGGUUUGAUUUAUGGGAAGAUUUCGGGGCACAAUCAAAGACCGAACUAAUAAAGACCAAGGAGUGUCCUAUUUAUGAGCAACUGUGCACAAUAUUUGCAGAUUCGGGAGUGGAUGGCAAAUAUGCUCAAUCAAGCCACUAUGAAGAACUGGGCAAGUCAAGUGGGACUGAUCCACCUGGUCCAGAAGGUGGGAACCUACAUCCUAAAACUCCAUCUUCAUCAAAAAAUAUUCAUGGGAAUGAAUCUUCGCCACAAAACACGACCACAGCAGAUAAAAAGAGAAAGCGUCCUUCAGACUUGGUCUCUGUAUCUGUGCAAAACAACUGGAAUCGAGAAUUAAGUGAUGGAAUUGCCAAAGCCAUCAAUGAGAUGAUUGCUUCCUCAAGGCUGCGAACAGUUACAAUGCCUCAGAUUGAUAAAAAGUUCACAAUUACUAACUGCAUAAAAGCCUUGGAUGAAAUAGAAGGCAUCGAAGACAGCCUGUACUAUCCUGCCUUGGAUCUCUUCGAGAAUCCUAGUUUCAGGGAGACGUUCCUUUCUCUCAAGAGCAACCAUAUUCGGCUGACAUGGUUGCAGGGAAAGGUGCAGAAAAAGUGUGGCAAUUAUACCCCAUUAAAAUUUGCAUUCUAG